AUGAAAGAAAACCUGCUUUAUGCUGGAAAAUUAGAUCUUUCGAUUGAAUACUUAAGCGAUCUCACCAUUAAGGAUGAUAAAGAAAGUUUAAUUGAUUCAUUUAAUUACUAUCUGCAGAAAGACCUUAAUGAUAAUACUG